GGCGAGGCCUGUGGCGGCUCCGUGAGCGGUUGCUGUGGUAACGCGCGGCCGCUUCGGGCCUAGUCAGGCAGGCCUGGCCUAAAAUGGCGGCGGCGACGGAGGAAGAGGAGGAAGAGGGCCCCUCGCUGCCUGGGCCGCCGAUAGGGCGCCGAGCCGUCUGCUCCCGGCCCUACUUCGUGGUGCUCAUGGUCUUCGCCCACCUCUACGUCCUCAACGUCCUGGGGCUGCUCCUCUUCGUCCACAUCAGCUCCGACGACGGCGGCGGCGGCGGAGAGACCGCGGGCCCCGCGCAGGACUCGAACCCAGCACCUCCUCUUCCUUUGCCUCAGGGGAGCUCCCGCUCUCUGGCCCUCCCGCGCUUGGAGGGCAUCAAGGUCGGCCAUAAACAGAGGCUGGAGCUGGUUCCUAACAAAGUCCAUUCCAUGAAGACCCUCAGCUUGAAACCGCUUCUUUUUGAAAUUCCAGACUUCCUGAGUGAAGAAGAAUGUAAAUUAAUUAUCCACCUGGCUCAACUGAAAGGACUGCAGAAAAGCCAGAUUUUGCCCACAGAAGACUAUGAAGAAGCUAUGGAAAUGAUAGAUAUCAGCCAGAUGGAUAUUUUUAAUCUACUAGAUCACAAUCAAGAUGGACAAUUGCAGCUAAAAGAGGUGUUGACACACACCCGUCUGGGAAAUGGCCGGUGGAUGACACCUGAGAGCAUCCGGGAGAUGUAUACUGCUGUGAAAGCAGACCCAGAUGGCAAUGGCGUUCUAAGUUUGGAAGAGUUUAAGCAACUGAACAUCCGGGACUUCCAUAAGUAUAUGGGAAGCCAAAAAGUGAAGAUGAGUGACCUUGUCCGGAAUAGCCAGCACACAUGGCUGUAUCAGGGCGAGGGGGCACAUCAAGUAAUGCGCUCCAUACGACAAAGGGUGAUUCAUUUAACCCGUCUGCCCCCAGAGAUCGUGGAGCACAGUGAACCACUGCAGGUGGUACGGUAUGACCAGGGAGGGCACUACCAUGCUCAUAUGGACAGUGGACCAGUGUUCCCUGAGACUGCCUGCACCCACACCAAACUGGUUGCCAAUGAAACUGCUCCAUUUGAGACUUCAUGCCGCUAUGUGACAGUACUGUUCUACCUGAAUAAUGUCACAGGAGGAGGAGAAACAACUUUUCCUAUUGCUGACAAUAGGACCUAUGAGGAGAUGUCUUUAAUUCAGAAUGAUAUUGACCUACGUGACACUCGUAAACACUGUGAUAAGGGAAACCUACGUGUAAAACCCCUGCAAGGCACUGCUGUCUUCUGGUACAAUUACCUGUCAGAUGGGGAAGGUUGGGUGGGUGACCUAGAUGAAUAUUCCUUGCAUGGAGGCUGCUUGGUCACUGAAGGAACCAAGUGGAUUGCCAACAAUUGGAUCAAUGUUGAUCCCAACAAGCGACGACAGCUCCAGUUCCAAGAUGAGAUGGCUCGAUACACUAACAAGGAGGAAGAGGACCAGAACGAGUGGACUGUGGACAAAUCCUACAGCCAUGUGCAUGUAGAACUUUAGUGUGUGGAGAGGCCUCUUCCCUGACUCAGAAGAAACUUUUUUUGCACUAGCCAGUCUCAGCCCUGUAAUUGCUCCCUUCUCACCCUUUCCCCAUCCCUACAUACUUCCACAAAGAGUGCUAGCUAUGCUCUGGUCUUGCAUUUCUGAUUAGACGGGAGGAUGCAAAGCUUUGGAUGGAUACUCAUGGUCAUGAGUUCAGUUUAGGGGAAAACCAGUAAUAGAAUAAGCAGGAGAAAUGCCAUGGCUGGCCUUUUAGGGUAUUUGUUGUUGCUGUUGUUGUGUGCCUUCAAGUCGCUUCUGACUACGGCAACCCUAAGGCAAACCUAUCACAGGGUUCUUUGGGGCUGAGAGUGUGUGACUUGCCCAAGGUCAUCAGUGGGUUUCCAUGGUAGAGUGGGAAAUUGAACCCUCAUCUAGUCUAAUCCUUAAACCACAGCACCACACUUGCCCCUUUUCUCUUUACCGAAUACAGUAGUAGGUUUUGCUGCAGGGAGUUCUGGGUCUGGAGUGAUCCCUACCCCUGACAUGUUCAAGCAAGCUUCGGGAUUUUUACUCUUCUUCAUCCUGAGCCACAUUUAAUGCACUGGAAGGGAGUUAUUUUCCUCCUUGAUUAGCUGGCCUUGUAGCUGCAUUCCUGGCACUUGCCCUUCUCUUAUGCCUUGACAAGAUCUCCCUGCUCUGUGCAAGGGAACUUGGAUCCUUUCGCUCAAGAACUCAUCAUUUACAGAUCCAAAUAGCAGUAAGAUCCUAUAUCGGCAAACUGAUAUUGACCAUUUCUGGUUCUGAAUCUCAAUUGCUCUCUAUGGAAUGUUGUUUUUAACUCUUACAGGACCAAGUCAUCAUCUUGCAGUGCACUCCUAUGUGUGUCUGCUUAAAAGUAAGCUCCAUUAGGUUUCAUGGGGCUUAUCUCUAGCCACUUUUGUAUAGGAGAGCUGGCUUCCGUACAUGCAGUGGCCCCUUGGUAUCUGCUUAGGUUUGAUUCCAGGACCUCUCCAUGGAUACCAGAAUCUUUGAAUGGUUCAAGCCCCAUUAAUUAUAGUGAAUAGUAAAAUGGUGACCCUUAUCAAAUGGCAAAAUCAAGGCUUGCUUUUUGAAAUUUAUAUUUUUUUUUUAAAAAAAAUUCAAACCACUGAUGAUUGAAUCCGUGGAUAAAGAAUUCAUGGAUACAGAGGGCUGGUUGUACUCAUAGAGAAAGACCUUAAGCAGCUGUAUGUUAAGGAAGAUGUAGAGAUUGUGAAGGUACUAAAUCAUUCCAGAUGAUUUUUAAUACUCAUCCUGGAGAAUUUUUCUCAGGGUCAGACAUGGUUCUAAAUAAGAGCAUGGUUCUGAAAUGUUUAUUGUGUUGAUUAUCAGGCGGAAAACAAAAGUACUGAAAUGUGCAAUAGCAGCUGGUGUGCUGUAUUUGUUGAGAUUUUUACUUCAAUAACUUGAUUUGUGUUCACAGUUUUUUCAUUGUAAGUCUGGGAACAGUUUGUUUUUGCCUAAGAAAUAUUCUAUUCCAUUUCCUUUUUGGUUUGCCAAUGGCAUGCUCAGUGAUGACAUCUUCUUGCUGAUAGAUUUACUGUAUAGACUCAUGUAUAAGUCUAGAAAUUUUAGUCAGAAAGUAGACCCAAAUAACCUGAGAUGAUUAUGGGUCAGUGUACUUUAACUCUUAUGAAAAAGGAACCAUCCCCUGGUAAAAGGCAAGAGUAGAAUCUGUCCUGGAAGCAAUGACCUUCCCUCAACGUCUCAUCCAUCCAACCUUUACAGUGAGCACAAACAG